GGGGCGGGCUACGGCCGCCGCGCGCGCGGGGCUUUGGCGCCGGUCUGAGGAGAAAGGGCGGGCGGCGGCUGAGGGGAACCGCGGCGAGAUGAUCGUGACCCCCGCCCGCCGCCGGGGAGACCUGCCGUUCCGCUCGGUGUUCCUCAACAGCAUCCCCGCGGACACGCUGACUCCCCUGAAGGAGCUGCUGAGGCGCCAGGGCACCCUCGAGGCGGCGGAGCAGCCGGAGCCGGCGGGCCGUGCGGGGAGCCGCGCCGAAGGGCCGGCGGCCGGCGGUUUGGGCGACGGCGUCUUGCAGUCCCCGCUGCCGGCGGGCGGCGAGAAGCAGCGGGAUGCCGGUGGGAUGCCGGCCGGCUCCAGCCUUGGCCCCGAGCGGCGGCCGAAGCGGCGGGCGUGCGAGCCUCCCGCCCACGAGUCCCCGGCCAAAAUCUUCCAGCGGAUGAAGACCAGGGCCUUGCGGCAGAAGCAGGACCUGGGGCCGCCCGCGGGGAAGGCGCCGGAGAGGAGCUGCGGCAGCGACCUGAUCCUGACUCCCGUCCCGAAUCCCGAGGAGCAGGGGCGAAGGCCUAAGAGAAAUCCUGUCACGGCAGAAGGUCGGCAGAGACCCGCCGAGGUGCCAGAACUACCUUGUGCUCUGAUUCCUGAGAACCAAACCAUGAAAGCACUAGCCAUAGAUCCUCUUGUAUUGGAAUCCCCUCAGAAGUUCUUCUUGCGUGUAAAGUGGAAAUUGCAGCAGCAGCGAAAAGAUUCAACACCUUCAAACCCAGUCAAGCAGAACAUUCCUCCUUCCACAACUACAGAAAAGCCGUUAGUCAAAUCUGCUUUUGCUGAGCAGCUCAGGAAUGAUCCUACAGAGUAUGUGGCCACUGAUAAGGAUGAUCAGGAUGAUUUCCUUGUGGAAUCAGUGGAUGCUGAUGAUGAAAUGUCUGUGAAUUUAAAUUCCAGCCCUUUUAAAAAUGGGGAUCAGUUAGAAGAAAGGUGGGGAAAUGGAGAAGCAAAACGUACUGAACUUCAUCAAGACAGAAGAGAGUUGCAGCCAAGUAAUAAGCAAGCUGCUUGUGGAGUAGAAAAGACACUGGAGACUAAUUCUCAAAAGCCCUCACAGUGCUUAUGUAGUAUUAUGUUCUCUUCUCCCGAAGUCCACAUUCCAAGGAGGCAAAAGCCGAAAGAAGGCUAUACGGUUGCUUUGAAUAAACCUCAUACAGAUCAAGUUGCUGAGAAAGCAGACAAAGAGCAAAAAAAAAUCUGCCUAACCAGUUGGAGAAUUAAAGUGAUGGAUGGUAACACUGCAAUAUAUGUUGAAGGAAAACGGAAAGAUAUGAAAGAUCUGUCAUGGCAUAGUAAUGCAAUUAUGGAACGCAUAGCACACAACCAAGUUAAAACAUCAUCUGGCAGUAUCUACUUGCUACAGGGAAAUAUAGACUCAGCUUCGAUGAGGAAAGAAGGAUUUCCCUACCGUUUCAUCAAAAGAUUUACAUACGGGUUUUCCAAAAAGUGGAAGGAAUAUGUUGAGGAGUUUCUUGAGGAAAGGAGAAGGAAAGAACGAAAACAAAAUAAACAAAAUACUGUUGAGGAUGAAGAUGAAGAUGAAGAGGGUGACUCAGUGGUGGACACGGAUGUGUUGAAAAAUGCAAAAGGUUCAGCAAGACAUGUAAAGAAACCUGAAACCAGAAACACCACCUAUGAAGUAUUACCGAAGAAUGAUAAAAACGCUUAUACAACACCAGAACACAGUUCCAUAUUUGACUCAAGCAGAGUUUACACUCGUAGUGGCCGUCUUGUUAAACCACCAUUAAGCUUCUGGUGCGGGCAACGUGAGUUUGUUGAUCAGAAACUAAACGUUAAUAUAGAAGAAGGUGGAAUAGAUUAUCUGAGCAUGAUGUUUAUUAGUGCAAAAUCCCAAACAAAGACCAGUUCCAACUCUAAGAAGAAUACAAGAAAGGAAAAAAUGAAGACAACAGAAGAAACACCAAAAAGCCGAAGUCAAGGGAAAAACAAUGAAAAAGGAGUAAGUUCCAAAAGAGAAACCAAGUCUGCUAGAAGCAAGGCCAGGUACUUUGUUUCAGAUGAUGACGAAAGUGAUCAUGCAAUCAGGAGUACAGAAAUGAAAACACAGCUUUCUGUCAAGAUGACUCCCUUAAAUACCGAAGUACUAAACAAACAUAACUAUAAUAGCAGAAUCUCAGGACGGACAAAAGAAAAGAGAGAUGCGGAAUAUGGAGAACUGACUGUCUGUCAGCAGGCUUACAAGUACUCUUUAAGGUCAGCCAAACAACAAGACAAGCAUCUAACAGAAGAAUCAUCAAGCAAAGAUCAGGAAGAGGAAUCCAGUGAAGAUAUCCCACUGUCUAUCAAAAGGAAAACCAAACCUUUACUAAAACAAGAGACUCAAACCUCUAAAUCUUCCUCUAACUGUAAAAGUUCACAGGAUGAUGCAAACAAGGUGUCGUGUGAACAAAGGACAGUAAAACGCUCUAGUAGCUCCCGUAAUGUGCCGUUGAGGCAAAGUGUGCCUGAAUCCACUGACAGUUCUGGUUUACUUGAAGGAAAAACACCUUCUAGCAAGUCCAGUACUUCCCAUCUGCCUGACAAGGCAACGAGGACAAGAAGCAGAAUCAACCCUCCAAGAUAUUUGCUUGAAUCUGACACUGAGACCAAAACCAGUGAAGAGGAAUAUCAUGUAAAAGAAAAGAAUUCAAAAGUAUCUAAUAAAAAAACAAAUUGUGAAGUUUCUAAUACUGCCAUGUCUUCAGCAGCAAAAUCCAGAGAACCUGAGAGGGAAAAGGUGCAGAAAUCUCUAGAACUUUUUCAAAGGGAAACUGAUGAUUGGUCUGAAAAGGAAUUACAGAAGCUCUACAGGGCCACUGCUUUGUUUCCAAAGCACAGGAAUGGCUUCUGGGUGGAUGUGGCCAUGGCGGUGGGGUCUCGCUCUGCUGAAGAGUGCUAUGAGAAGUAUGUAGAACAACAACAGGCAAAACGUUCCAAAACGCAUGCCAAGAAGACCACCACUUCAGGAAAAUCAGAACAGAAAGAUAAGCAGGAGCCGGUUAUGAUAACUGCCAAAGUGGGAACCUUAAAAAGGAAGCAGCAGAUGAGAGACUUCCUGGACCAUUUGCCGAAGGACAACCAUGAUGAUAUUUUCACGGCGACACCCUUUCAGAAUAGAAGAGUAAAGUUGCCAAUGUUCUGGGGAAGCCAAGAUGAUGAUGACGGCGGCUUUGCACUUACGGACAACCCGAUCACACCUUCCUCAGCUGUCUUCCCUAUGGUCAAAACCCCUCAGUGUGAGCAUAUCAGCCCUGGUAUGCUGGCACCCAUCAACAGGAAUGAUUACGACAGGCACGUAUUCAGAAUGCAGAAGAACACGCAGGGCAGCAGAGGCACCUGGGACAAGGUCAAGAAGAAGUUGGCCAAAGGUGUGCUUGGUACACCAGCUUCACGCAGAACCCAGUUCAGUUUUGAGAACAAAGUGAAACAGACCCCUGUUGUAGAGAAGCUCUUUGGGGCUGAGGCAGCAGAUUCAUCAGAUGAAGAACAGGAUUUCUAUUUUUCUGUUUAAUGAACUUUGUGGGUUUUAUUAGUUCAGUACUUAUGUGCCUCUUGUACAAAGCCAAGGGCUUUGGCCACCUCUCUGAGAUGGUGUUCCUGUCAUGUUAGGAGUUCAGUCUGGAAGCCUUGCCCUGCAGUGUUUUUAUGCAUUUUAACACCAUUCUCACCUCGUUACCUCUCCAGCAACGUUUGUCAUUUUUUCUGUGUGUACAAAGUGGUGCUUUCUUGCCCAGGCUCCUCCUUUCUGUUGCCCUGGUUCUCCUGGGGGAGGGGGAAAUGUACAUGGAUAUGAAUUACUGGCAAGUUCUGAUUUGUUUUAAGAUAAAAUAUCUUCUUACAACAUAGCUGUGCAAUAAACUUAUAGUUGUACAGGCUCUAACUUAUUGGAAUUGCUUUUUAACUCCUUCUACUAAGAAUCUGAAUUUUUACAUUUCCUUAAUGUAAUAAAAAAGGACAAGCUUA